AUGAGCUCCGUGGCCGUCGAACCGGAGGUUUCCGCGGCGACGAGCGGGCGCCCGCCUGCACAAAAGAGCGCCAGCAAGGACACGGUGUCCACCUGCGCCGACAACAUGCCCCUGGACGGCUCCCACGAGACCGAUGCCCGCCGAGACACGACCGCCUCCGAUCCGGCCACGAGCGAGAACAGCGGCGGCAGCGAGCACGCGCAGGCCCCCGGGCCCUUCGACGCCGACAUGGCCGUCGCGCAGGUCGCCGCACUGUGCCACGGAGACGGCGCUGCCGCCCGCAUGCUCGGCCUGCACGCCACCUUCGCGCAGUGCAUGGACUCCGACGGCUCCGUGCCGUACGAGCGCGUCCCGGACUUCCUCCAGCUCCUCCUCCCGCACGGCUGGUUCUCGAACCCCGGCAACGUCUCGCGACGUCGGUGGGAGGAGACUGCACAAAGCAUGCUGGGCCCGCACCUCGCACGCCCGGGGAGCCACGUCACGCUCGCGGACCUCGCGGAGAAGAUCGUGCCCGUCGUCGACGAGGCCUUCGUCACGCGCUGCCGCGAGCACUUCGCCGACCUGGGCGGCACGCUCCCUGGGUGGGAGGACGCGGCAGACGCCGAGGGCUCGCUGGACGCCGAGGGGCUCGCGGAGGCGCGCGACCUGCCGCUCGAGCACGCCGAGGACUUCCUGCUCGAGCUCGCGCACGACCCGAUGCCCGCCGGGUUCCCCGCCGCGCGCCCCGUGCUCGCCAACGUCGAGGUGUCGUUCAAGCAGUUUUGCCGCCGCAUGGCCGGCGCGCGGCUCCCGGCGCCGGAGCCGUCCACGGCGGGCAGCUCGAUGCACGUCGUGACCGCGCAGGCCGCGGCCGCGGCGAUCGACCUCCCGGACGUGGUCGCGCAGGCUGCCCGGGCGCGCGCCGCGGCGAAGUCCCGCCGCGAGAGUGCGCGGCAGGCCGAGGACGACGACUCGGUGCCGAGCUCGGGGCUCGCGUACGACGGCCCCGGGGCGUUCGCGGCCAAGGACGCGCCCGCGGCGUACCUCUCUGCGCGCGCGCCGGACGCAGCGGACGUUGCGCAUCGCAUGAUGCAGGGCCGCCACCUGCCCAACGUCGCGUCGAUGAGCGCGCUGCAGCGCGCCGGGAAGAGCUCGCGGGAGGCGUCGGGGCACCCGCCCGUGCACCCCAGGGGGCUGAUGCAGGCGCGGCAGCGGGAGUUCGGGUCGCUGGCGGACCUGCGGCGGGCGAAGACGCAGGGGCGGAGUGCGGCGAGCGGGGCUGCGUCGGUGGCGCGGAGCCGGCGCGUGUCGAUCGGCCUGCGGCCGGGCCUCGAGCGCGACACGGGCGUGUCGGCGACGCCGAGCAACUGCUCGCCCGGGGCGAUGAGUCCGCGACACCGGCGCGCGUUCACCAAGUCGGUGGCGUCCGUCGCGGGGAGCUACAUGGAGGGCUCCAAGGCGGACCAGCGCAACUUCGUGGAUCUGUACCGCGAGAUCGUCGAGGCGUUCGACGCGUUCGCGGAGCGCAAGGGCCCGUUCACGCCGCCGCUGGUCACCGUCGAGAGCGCGGUGCAGCUGCUCGAGACGCUGCUGAACCUCACGCCGCACCAGGUCCUCGAGACGAUCACCGCGCUCGAGAACCCUAAGGCCGACGCCGCGGGCUCGCUCCCGAAGGUCCUGGAGGUCCGGAAGCGCGGCGACGGGUACGACGUCGAGGCCUUCCUGCGGCUGUACAGCCACGCGGCGGCGUCCAACGGGUCGAGCAUGCUGCAGACGGACCCCGCGCUGUCGUCGGCGCACCGGCACUUCCACGCGCUGGACGUGAGCCACACGGGUUUCAUCGACGUGGGCGACCUGGCGGACGCGCUGGCGUCGACGCUGCUGCUCGAGGACGGGCAGGACAGCCAGUGGGCGCAGGACGGGGCGUCCGCGGUGCUGAAGAAGUUCGACCACGACGGGGACAACCGCGUGUCGCUCAGCGAGUACAUUUACACGCUGCUGGUGAUGUGCAUGGCCGAGCCCGAGGAGAGCUGA